CAUGUCUCUGCCAUCACCUGGAAACCAACAAUCCGACAUUUUAGUCUGGUAACUCAAGCGAGUAUAGCUGACAGACCUGUUUUUCCAGCUGCGUUUUGUGUGAUUCCCUGCAAAGACUGCAGAACCACUCUUGUCUCCUUGGGACGCUGGCCAUUCAAUUACUACCCCGUUGAUCCCUCACAACGUCCCUCCGGUUGUCACCCGAGCCAUCUUCAUGCCAACAACAGGAAUGAGGAUGUUGCGCAGUUCCUAGCGCAAUGCCCCUUCUACCACAAGGGGCUCACCUCAUAUCGCAGUCUUGGCUACUAUUACUUGCCCCAAAGCUUGGUCACCGAUCACUGCGGGCCAUUGCUUUGACACGAGCACACGGUGACCCCAAACCUCUUCGGUCAAGUGAUUAUGUUGUGGUAUCUCCUCUAUCCGCUGAGAGGCACGACCGAAGUCCCAGUGUUGGCUCCUGACCAUCCCCUGCGCCUACUGUUUACGCGAUACGGAACUUGGACCGCUCGCCAUGUCAAGACCGUCUUGCCGCUCUCCGGGGCAGUUAUUUUCAUCUUUCUAUACCUGUUCCCCUUUCUUUAUACCACCGAUGCCUCCACUAUCACGAGCGGCGUCUCGCAUCUUCCCCACCACGUCUGGACCGAUGCUCGGCCCCUGAGUGAUGGCAGCGUUCUUGAGCCAGACGUUGUUAUGCGCUCCAUCUGGGUUCAUGGCAGCUACAUGCGGGCUCUUGAGCCAACUGUCUUGCUGGGAGCUCUCGAGCUGCAGGACGAAAUUCUCGGCCCGACGACCGACUUCAACCCGCGCCAACCACCAGGCGCCCAACGAGUGAUGCUUGACCCAGGAGAUGCCGAUUUGGACCGCCAGCAACGGGACGCCUUCCACAUCGCAAACGGCCUGACCGAUCAAUCGUGGUUCUUUCAUUCGCCGUUGCAGUACUGGGGCGGCGCUGCCGCGAACAUCGCUGCUGACAGCGACAUCAUUUCCACCGUCAACGCACGGAAGACGCAGUCGACCACGGUCAACACCACCCUACGCCACUCCAUCGUUUUCAGCGGCAAGCGCUUUGAGGAACGCCGGCUGGUGGCGGCUGAUGCACUCGUCAUCACCCUGAUCCACCUGCGCGACUCUCCUGUGGGGAGACAAUGGGUGAGGAGGGCCGAGGCCUUGGCCCAAGCCGGCAAGCAAGACGGCAAGUGGCAGAUUAUCCCUCCUGACGGCAAAAGCACCUCGAGUCAGCUCUACAAAUUUCAGUUCCAACCGAUGUCCUGGUCCGACUGGGCCAUCCUCACGCUCGCUUACUCCCUGACCAUAGCCAACCUGCUGCUUCGCAUGUCCAGGUUGCGUGCCGUCAAGUCCCGCCUCGGCCUCAUGGUCACCAUCUUCACCCAGAUCGCUGCUUCCAUGGUCUCCAGCUUCACCGUAUGUGCCAUAUUCAAGAUCGACCUUUCGCGCGUCCCGCACUAUGCGUAUCCACUCGUCAUUCUCGCCAUCAGCAUGGAGAACACGUUCCGCUUGAUAAACGCCGUCAUCAUGACUUCCUCGACGAUAAGCGUCAGCGACAGGAUAGGCGAGGCGUUUGGCGUAACAGCUCACAUCGCCAUCGUCAAUCGCGUCCAGAACUCUCUCAUUCUCUACGGACUGUCCAAGGUCACCUCGGCCGGUGUCUCGGCCUUCUGCACCUUCGCUGCCAUCGCAACCCUGUUCGACUUCUUCUACCUUGCCACAUUCUUCCUCUCGGUCCUCAGCGUUGACGUACGGCAAAGGGAGCUCUGGGAGCUGGAAAAAGCCUCAUUGAAACGGGCCAAGUCCUCCAACAGUGAGCUGACCAGGCAACCUUGGAUUGAUGGCAUCUACCCACUCCGCCUGGGCGAAACUGCCAUGUCGACAAGAAUCGCCGGGACCAUUGUGCUUAUUGGUUUCGUUCUCAUCGCUCAAGCUCAUUUCACCUCUGAGGGGCGCCGACAGUGGUUGGACCAGCUCUUCAACUUAUCGUGGAGGGCCUCUACGAGCACGCCCAAGUCGUCCCUCUUGAUCGACAUUAACCAGGCCAGGAACCCAACCUCUUGGCUUCGCCUGCAAGACCACGAGACGGCACGCGAAGUCAUCAAGGUCAUCAAGCCAUGGGCACACAGCUACAUAGCACGCGUCUACGAUCCCAUCAUUUUCGUCCUCAAGGGAAGCAACCGCACCCCGGACACAAAGGAACCGCGGUUGCUACCCGCUGUGUACGAUUUCCUCCACCAUCAGAUUCCGCGCUUCAUCGUCUGGCUGUUGACAAUGCUGGCUGCCCUGCGCCUGUUCACAAACCAUCUUAUCAAGGACCAACUAAAGGACGGUUCACGGCCCGACAAUCCUCACGACGAACCCUUGCUGUCAAUCCGUUCUCUGAGUGGAGGGCAUAGGUUAGACGUUGCCAUGCUGCGUGCUUCACCUGCUGGGCAGCUCGUCUCGGUUGGCCUUGACCGGGCCAUCCAGGUUUGGGAUGUACUGUCGGGCUCAAGGAGUCGCGUUUCAUCCAACCCAGACGUGCCUUUCAAGAAUCCCUUCCCGGUCCUGGGAAUGGCGCUCGACGACAAGUCUAAAUGGCUCGCAUUGGUCUCGUGGCAGAGAGUGUUUCUGUGGGACAUCGAGGAGCAGCAGUGGGCCGGGCUCUGGGAUGUCGACCUGGGCGGACACAGACCCGAGGCCGUCUUCUUCGUUACGAAGGCUCCGGCCAUGGCCCCAACGCUGGUGCUGGUGAGGAGGAAUGGCGUGGGCCUCGAGAUUCAAAUCGCGAACGGGGAACCGAGGGACUUCUUGAUCUGCAAGACGCCACUUGUUUGGGCAGUUUCAUUUACCGAGAAGUGCAACGCCCAACAAACAACCCCCCUUGUCAUCCUCACCGCCUCUCGUAAGAGCUGCAUCCAUCUCGUCCGGCAGCAAGGCAAGGAAUGGGUGUCAGAUGAAGUGAAGCUCGAGGGAGGCCCUGGGGCAAGAGAUAUCCAUUGCCUGCUCCCUAUUCCAGCCGUAUCAAUGUACCUGAUCGGCCGGUCACAGUCGGUUGAUCUCGUCGACCUUGACUCAUCAACGGUCGUCCACACCUUCCACACAGAGAUGAUGCGGCCACGAACGUUGAAGCAAAUCUCCCUAACCCGGCCGCAGCAACCCGGCCUUGCAUCGUUGACGCUAGCUUACACCAGCGCCGAGACGGGCGACCUGGUUAUUCACACAUACCUACCCGAAGCCGAUAAAGCCACGAUUCGCACCUCCAGCCCAGCCGAACGAAGGCUUCACAGUCCAUGGAGCCAUACCCGGGAAACAAUCGAACACAUGGCUAACCCAGGCUCAUGGGAAACCCUGCCCACGGGAAGCUUAGUGGGCGUUCGCAGGGUCCAGCCCCCGCCAUCACCCUCAUCGCCAUCCUCAUCAUCAACAUCCCAUACACCCGGCACAGGCCUACUUCGCAAACGAACAUCCACUUCCCCUCCUACCACCCCCGACACCAAUAACACCUCAGAAACAGGCGCACAGUACAGGCAAGGAUGGGAAGCAUGGGUCCUCAACCUCGACCUGAACCUCAACCUGCGAACAAACCCCAUCCGAAAAACACCGCUCUUCGAAACCCGCCCUCUUGACGAGACUGACCGUGACUUUGAGGAAGCCGACAGCCGUGGGCUCAUGAUGAUGACAAGGCAGCACCUGAUGAUCUCUGAGCUGGGGCCGAUGACGCGGCUGGGGACGAUGAGCGUGGCGGUGGGGAUGGGCGAUGUCAUCAAGGUGGUGAGUGUCGGGCACGAGUACUUUGACGACCGGGGGAGCGGCCCUGGGUCGUUGGGGUUGGGGGAUGGGCUGGUGCAGGUGGUGCCUAUGGGGCUGGGGAAUCGGAGGAAGAAGGUUGGUGGUGCGUCCGGGAGGGCCGGGAGUGGUGGUGGUGGGAGAGGCCUUAGUAUUCCGUGAAUGGAAAGAAGGGGUGAGGAGUUGAGGUUCCAUUACCCAUGAUGAGGUGGUCGUUGAGGUUGGCUCUGUUUCUUUUUGGUAGGAAAUCUCUCAAGAACUUCAUGGAGGGGGUGGAUUCUGUGCUUGACAGGAGUGGUGGAAUUGUCUAUACCCUUGUAUAACUACUAGGAAAAAUAACAAUCAAUUCGUUAGAGGAGAACUGAGCUUG